UUAUAUACGUUACCUUUCUUAGUUUUAAUUUGAAAACCCACAGCGAUUUCUGAAUUGGCUUCCGUCCUCCAAUUCCAAAGUCGAAAUGAACCUCUCAGUUUUCAAUAACACAGCCAUUCAAAUCUGGGACAGGCGCAGGUAGGAGGCCGGGUAAUAAACGCAUUUGUGAAAAUUCCCCGCCAUCUUGAAACAACUGACGACCCGGUUAUUCGUCUAUAGAAAAAAAACAUCCUUACAAUCUUUAACAAAUGAAGGAAAAUAUCUGAACAACAACAGGAUUUUCUCACCAAGAGUCUUAGAAUCUUUCAAUACAAAUUUCCCAUCGGGACAAAUGAAAAAUAAUCUAGUUAAAAGAAGCGAUAUUUCCGACAACGAUUGCUUACAUGACUUCCUUGAAAAAACAAGACUUGUUUGAAGCUAGGCCAUAAAUACGUGUUCUUUCGCAAGACGGCAUGCAAGGACGGUGAAAAGAAUUGAAUUGCUGUUUUUUUUCUCAAAUUUAACUGACGAACAUCUUUAGUCCUCUCAGCGAUCGAUCGCUUUUUUUUUUUAAGUACUGUGCGGUGAUGAAAUUCUAUUCCUAAGGUAAUCAGUUCUCAGGUUUUCUUAUGCAAAAACUUCCUCUUGUAUAGGAACAGUAAUUCAGCAGCUGUGAAAGCUCUCUGUAGGUGGACUAAGCCUAUAUUCCUUAAGAAAAUUAAACACGUUAUUUUUACGCAGGAGGAAAGACCACUCGACAAAGUGGAAACCUUGACAACUUGCUAUUGAUUUAUUAAAGUUCGCGGUGUGAUUUUCGGAAGUUAAACAAAAUAAUAAUUUCUUAAACGAUGAAUUAAUCCUUGAUUGGUCGUCAGUUUUCAGGCACAACUACAAAGGCGAACACAAACACAACUUUUGAACCCUCACACUACAUCACCGGAGAAUUGCUGGGCCUUGAUGCAAAAAUAUGUCAAAAUCAAAGAAUUCCGUCAGUUACCAUUUGCUUAAAAACGAUCCAGAACCAUCACCACAAACAGGAGAUGAAAAAGUAUCGAUCGCAGAAGAAGAUUCAGCUGAACAAAGCGAAGAGACUGCAGGAAAAUCUUCCUUGUGGAAAACGGUGGUAAACCUUAUGAGUGAUAUGGAAGGUACCGGCCUCCUGGGUCUUCCGUAUGUAAUAGCUCACAUUGGCUUGGCUGCCAUUGCGGCAUUACUUGUGGUUCCUUUCAUGGCCUUCUAUACAGGAGCUAUAUUGAUAGACUGUCUUUACGACAAGAACCAUGCAGGCGAAAGAGUGCGUAUCAGGUCUAACUACAGGGAACUCGGCGAAGCCUGCUGGCCUCGUUUUGGUGGUGCUAUUGUUGCCGCUGUCCAGUUGGUCGACCUCUUUCUUCUUGCGUCUUUGUACCUCGUCUUAUGCGCCUCGCUUUCAAGCAGCAUUUUUCCUGGGCUACCGCUGUCCGACAAGGUUUGGAUGCUCAUUGCAGCCGUGAUUGGACUCCCGACAAUAUUCCUCAAGAAUCUUUCCCAGGUUGCUUGGUUAAGCUUAUUGAGUGUGGUGGCUUUAUUAGUGGCUGUCAUCGCUGUUUUGGCUGUCGGAAUAUCACAUCACUCCUCGUGGGAUAUUAAAGACCUCUUAGUUUGGAACAUAACAGAAAUGCCGGUCGCUCUAGGAAUUAUAAUUUUCAGCUAUCUUUCCCAUACCGUUUUGCCUGGCGUAGAGGCAAGCAUGGAAAACAGAUCACAGUUCAACACCAUGUUAGCAUUGUCCUACACCUCAGUUGCAAUCUUAAAGAUCGCCUUUUCCGUUUGCGCUUUCUUGCCAUUUAGUUCAAAUAUCCAAGAAGUUAUCGUCAAUAGUCUUCCCAUGGGUGUAAUUCGCAUCCUUGUCAACGGAUUUCUAAUCUUAAACGUCUUUUUCUCAUACCCUUUCCGGGUCAUCACCAUUAUCCAAACGAUCGAAGAAUCUGUUACAAUUGAUUCAUUUCCAUUCAAAAUACCUGAUCUAGUUUGGUUUAUUGGUAUUCGACUACUCAUCAAUUUUCUGACACUCCUUCCUGCAAUUUCCAUUCCACACUUCGCGCUUUUUAUGGCAUUUAUCGGCAGUUUCACAGGAUCAUGCGUGGCGUUAAUUUUCCCGCCAAUUUUUCAUCUUAUUCUGAAAAAGGAGGUGUUAAAAUUCUAUCACUACACCUUUGAUAUAUCAAUAAUAUUCAUCGGAAUUCUUGCAGGUUUAUUUGGGUUAUUUUUCACUGGAAAGUCUUUGCUCCAGGUUUAUACCUCAAACUGAAAAAAGAGAGAUGACCUUGGUCUUAAACGAGCUACGUCACGGUUCCAUUGCGCAUCUUAAAAAGUUCAGUCUAAAUUUUUCAAGUUUGU